UGUACAGCAAGGGCGCGAGGCCGCGACCCUGAGCCCGAUACAACCGACGCGUCGCGACGCGGAAUAGAGCGUUUCGGUAGCGAAAUAGUGCGCGGAACGAAUACGUGUCAAACACGGUCCACGAAUAAGCAAAGUGGAACAUCGUGCAAGCAAAGACACGGGUGUGCGUUAUCGUUUACGUGCGUAAAGGUCGAGAGUUCAUGAUCAUUCGGCAACUGACAAACGAUGAUCUUACGAGGCGUUUGACGACCGUCUUUCCUCUCUUCGUUCCUCACUGCCAAAUGAUCAGAGCCUAGCUAGAAUCAUCGCAGCAGACAAGGAACUUUCGUUCAGCCGAUUUUCGUUAACGUGAGCAGAUAACCUGUCAGUAGUCGGCAGCUUGUACCAACGAAAUUAAGGAAACACGUUAGCAAGUCGAAUUUAGCGAUAAUUGUGAGUUACUGCGGCAGCAGACAUCGAGAAUGCCGCUUUUCAGUAAAAAGGACCCGAAUAAGAAGAUCAAAAAAGAUGGAAAAGACGACAAAUCCCCGUCCAUUGAGAACAAAUACAUCUUGAAGGAGAUGCUCGGAACGGGUGCAUUUUCUGAAGUACGUUUGGCAGAAAGUAAGGACAAGCCUGGCCAAAUGUUUGCAGUAAAGAUUAUUAACAAAAAAGCACUGAAAGGGAAAGAAGAUUCUUUAGAAAAUGAAAUCAAAGUGUUGAGAAGGCUAACACAUCCAAACAUUGUACAGCUAUUGGAAACAUUCGAGGACAAGCAAAAAGUUUAUUUAAUUAUGGAAUUGGUCACUGGUGGAGAACUUUUUGAUAGAAUUGUUGAGAAAGGUUCCUACACGGAAAAGGAUGCAUCAGGUUUAAUAAGACAAAUCCUCGAAGCUGUGGACUAUAUGCACGAACAGGGUGUCGUACAUAGAGAUUUAAAACCUGAAAACCUUUUGUACUAUAGUCCAGACGAGGACAGUAAGAUUAUGAUUAGUGACUUUGGUCUUUCGAAAAUGGAGGACUCUGGUGUUAUGGAAACUGCGUGCGGUACUCCAGGAUAUGUUGCUCCAGAAGUCUUAGCGCAAAAACCAUAUGGCAAGGCCGUUGAUGUGUGGAGCAUAGGAGUCAUUUCUUAUAUCUUAUUAUGUGGAUAUCCACCAUUUUAUGACGAGAACGAUACUGUCUUAUUUACACAAAUUCUAACAGGUGAAUUUGAAUUUGAUUCGCCGUUUUGGAACGAUAUCAGUGAUUCUGCAAAGGAUUUCAUUCAGAAGCUAAUAUGCGUCAAUGUUGAGGAACGCUAUACUUGCAAGCAAGCCCUUGCACAUCCCUGGAUAUCCGGCAAUGCAGCUAGCAAUAAAAAUAUCCAUGGUACUGUAUCGGAACAACUUAGAAAGAAUUUCGCCAAAUCAAGGUGGAAGCAAGCCUAUCACGCAACAACGGUUAUACGACAAAUGAAACGCCUGGCGCUCAACAGCGGUCAACAACAAGAGGGACCAGGAUCAACAGGCCCCUCCAGCGGCAACCUCACGCCAUACCCAGAUCAAUCGCAAUCCAACAACCCCAGUCACCAAGCCAGAUCAGUGGAGUCUCAGAGCAACCUCAAUUGAAGCAAACACUUGAGUCACCAUUGCCCGUAUCAAGCUUGGUGACCUCAAAUCCUAUUCCCAUUCCGACCGCUCCAAACUCACCACUAUACGUACGCAACAAACGCUUCAAGCUGUGGGGUAGCACACGCACCGCUCUGUCUACUCUGUUCCAAACGAAUAUGUCGUAUCUUAGAAAACAACGGAAAUAUAAGAAAAGCUGAGUUACGCUGCGAACUGUUUUCGCCUAUGAGAAACUUAACCGAGAAGCCGUUGGACAUGGCGCCCUUUUACCCUCUCGCCAAUGCUACUUCGAUUUGGCAGAGGUUUGUAUAGAUUUCAGCUAAUUCGCUUUUAAUCGGAGGUAUUCCUAUGACACGGUUUGCCACCAUCUAUGUACAAUACAGACCUAUAUAACGGCCCGCGCGAUAUAAGGCGAUUUUCCGAGUCUUUUUCAUUUCGCUGGCUCUGUUCGGAUACUCGUAAAUAGAGUUUCACUGUGUUGAUAUGCUGUAUUAUGUAUAUAUAUAUAUAUAUAUAUAUAUACACAUACAUACAUCAAAUCAAUAGAUCCAAUAUGUGUAGUUAUCGAUAGAGAUUUCGUGAUGAUAUGUUAAAAAUAUUGAUUUGAUCGAGUAAGAUACAUGAUUAGUCGUGCACGCGCGCAGACACACACACAGUCACACAUAUGCGUGCCCGCACACACACAUACACACUCUGUGGGAUUUCACAUGAUACUUUUGUAGAACUGUCUUGCUGGGUCAAAUCUAAGCGAAUAUGUAUAAGCAAGGAAAAGGACUAAUGUAAAACAGUACAACGACAAGUUUUUAUCUUUUAUAAAGUUUGGGAUAACGAAUAGUGGCUGUUUAGAUGAUUUUUUGCAAGAUAAUAGUCUUAUAUCCUGGCAAAUAUGUUUGAAACCUCGUGAGUACAGCUUCUUGUCCGAUAUAUCUAGAGAGCAUACAUUACGAUGAAAUGUAGCGCUUUUUGAGGUACCAUUUUGAUAGGUAUUACAGAAAAUAAUAAAAGACGUAAUUAACAAAUCUCUAUUAUCUACUAGUAGAGAAGAUCUUGCCACGCAGAAUCGUGUCGCAAGUUUACAUAAGAUCUGAUUUCUAUUAUUAAUACUUGUUCUUAUGUUUUGUUGAUAAUCGAUACGUGAUAUAUCAUAUACGAACACGAGUGUUUGUAACAAGACAUGUACAGUGCACGACAUUACGAAAUGUACAUUCUGUGCGCAAUAUACUCUUUUUGUUAUAUGUAUAGUGAUAUUAUUACAUGUCUAAGAAACUUUAAAUCGGAUCUGUUGAACUAUAUUUAAUAUGUGUAUACAUACGUGUAUAUUGUUGUACUGAUACUUUUUAAUGAUACGUUGCACUAAGAAUUUCAGCAAGUAUGUACAUAAUAUAUACACAAUACUUUACCUGUCGGUUUGCAAGAUGCUAAUAUAAAAAGCAAAUUAUAUAUAGUUUCAGGUUUGAAAUUUUUACAUAGUCCCUUGAGAGCGAUCGCACGACAAGUAUCAAAUCAAUUUUCGUUUCUCUUUUUUUAAUAGUUUUAUAUAUACACAAAAUUGCACUUUACUUGUGUGAUUCUUGAAUGAUAGGAAACAUAAAAUAAGAAAGAGAAAAGAAAAUACGCAAGAUAAUUUGUAAAGCACAAACAUGAUGUUAGAAUAGUUAAGAAUUCAACAUUUAUGUCUAAUUAUAUGUUGCAAAAAGAGUGUACACAUUAUUUGUAUGUGUGUGCGUGUGUGUGCAUAUAUAUAGAUAUACAUAUAUAUAUAUUUACAUUAAAAAAAUGUAUUUAUAUAUAUAUAUAUAUGUAUAUAUAAAUGUGUAAUUAAACACCAUCAAUACAUUGUGAGAAUACAACUAUUUUUGUAUUUAAUACUUCUUUAUAUAAUAUCGAAAGUUAUCAUAUAGUAAUGUCAUCGCAUAAGUUGCAAAAGUUGAUAUGCCACGAUCGCUGUUUAUAUUUGUAUCUUAUUAUGAUGUCGAAGUGCACGGAACGCGAUAAAAGUACUUUAACGAAACGCUUGAGGAAUACUUUAUUGCACAGCGGCUACUUUAUUUUUUUAUAAAUGAUUGCAGUCGAGUGCAAUAAUACCGUGAUCUUGUGAUAAAUAAUAUUGUUAUGGUUACAUUCAAUAGCGCAUCCAUAUUAAUGUUAACUAUGAAUGUUAAGAAUUUUAAUUGACGGAGCAAUUCUUUUAAUUGAACUGUAUACAAUGAUUUUUUGAAGUAAUUGACGUUAGCGUUUUGGAGUAUUUUUACAUAAAUUUGAAGGCUUCGUUGUGCGAGUAAAGAAGAAAGAAAACGAUCUACAGUGUAGCGUGUAAAAUUGUAUCUAAAAAGGAAAACAGUUUGAUGUUUUUCGUGUCCUUUGAAACGUGCUUUUAAAUAAAUUUACAUCGUAUAUAAUCAAUUGAAAUGAAAUCAUAAUAUUCUAUAUACUAACAUAAAAAAGAAUUAUUGCUGUUUAUCGAGCGGGCACACAUUUUACUAUAAACUAUUAAUAUUUCUCCUCUUUAACUUUUAAAACUAUAACUAUGAAUAUGAUAGUAACUUUGGACACUAUCACAUUAGACAUCCGUCCGUAUACCGGGCACUAUUCGUAUAGCAAAUAAAAUGUGAAUAAAAUUGAAGGAAUUCAUUAAAUGCUAUAAAAUGA